UUUAUAUCAUGUACACACACCACCAGCGGAAUGUACAUUGCAUUAUAUAGUGUCACACACUGUGGCAUAUAUAUAACUAGAACUUUGUACAAAACCGAUCAUAACAAACAAUUGAAAGUCAUGGCGCUCAACGAUCAUUCAGAAACAACAACAAAAUCUACAUAUUCUCAGGAUGAGCUGCCGGAAUUAUUGCCUUUGUACUACAGACGUCUAUUUCCUUAUAAUCAGUACUACCGUUGGCUCAACUACGGCGGACUGCCUAAGACGUACUUCCAGAAUCGUGAGUUCUCAUUCACGCUAAAAGAUGAUAUCUACAUUCGCUACCAGUCGUUUGCCGAUCAGAGUGAGAUGGAGAAAGAAAUACAGAAAAGAUGUCCUUACAAGAUUGAUAUCGGCGCAGUCUUCACUCACCGGCCGAAGGAUCACAGGACAGUGAAAGCAGCAUCUUUUCAAGCUCAAGAGAAGGAACUUGUAUUUGAUAUCGAUAUGACAGACUACGAUGAUGUCAGGGUGUGCUGUCAGGGAGCUGAUAUUUGUGAAAAGUGCUGGCCGCUUAUGAGAAUUGCAGUCCGCAUCGUUGAUCGAGCACUUCAUGAUGAUUUUGGGUUCGAUCAUCGCAUGUGGGUUUAUUCUGGCCGGAGAGGAGUUCAUUGUUGGGUCGCUGAUGAGGCCGCCAGGAAACUAUCCCAGAAUGCACGCUCAGCAAUUGCAGAAUACUUGAGUGUUGUGAAGGGGGGUGAGAACCAAGUCAAGAAAGUGAGUCUUCCAGAGCAUCUACAUCCUUCCAUCGAGCAAGCCAAACGAAUCAUCAAUCACUAUUUUGAGGGAUAUGCUCUGCGGAACCAGGGUCUGAUGGAAGACAAAGCAUCGUGGGAGAAAGUCUUGACCCUUGUCAAUGAUUCUAAUCUUAGGAAACUACUUGCAGAGCAGAUGGAGCGCGCCAAAACAUCAGCCGAGAGAUGGGAUCGUUUAGAGAGAUGCAUUAUGGGGGAAGUCAGCAAAGGAAAUGUCAAGAAGUGCCAGCACCUUGUAACAGAGAUCAAGUUCCAGUAUUGUUACCCUCGUUUGGACGUCAACGUCAGUAAAGGAAUCAACCAUUUACUCAAGAGUCCAUUCUGUGUCCAUCCGAAAACGGGCAGAGUCUGUGUUGCAUUCGACGCCAAAGAUGUGGACAAUUUUGAUCCAUUCACUGUCCCUGAUAUUAGCCAGCUGUGCAGGGAAAUUGAUGAGUUUGACAGAAAACAAAAAGCUACAAAUGAUGAAAAUGAGCCUCCAUCAAAGAAGAGGAUUAAGGAUUAUAAGAAGACGAGUUUAUUGAAGAGCAUCCAAGUAUUUGAGCAAUUUGUCACCGGCUUGGAAGGCACACGGAAGGGCAAAUUAAUUGAGCAAAGUGAUAUCAAAAAAGAAUUCUGAGCAUUUCAACAAGUCAAGCAAGAAGACUUUCGCCAUGGUAACAUAAUCAAGGUUUACAAGGAGAUAUGGUGCAGUCUGCAGCCAACCAUGCCAUAGACACCUGGCAAACCCCUCCACUUAGCAAUAAGUGUGCCGUUUGGUUCUAAGUGUGCUACACAACACACAAGACCUGCUGCUUUAUGUCCCAUAUGAAGAACAAUACAGUUACAAUGUAUAUACAAACUCCAGGAUAUAAGUGCCACUUCGGACCCAAACCCACACAACACUGAAACUGUCUGGUGCACAAGUCCACUCGGCCAUGCCAUUCCAUAAUUGAAUAACAACAGUAAAAAUAAGCUGUUAAGAAAUCAUCCAGACUCCCUCCUUGUUGACACCAUGUCACCUACGGAAAUCCAGAGAAAGAUGGUUAGUAUGGAAGUUGGCAAAGUGUUUAUAAACGGGAGUUAAUUUAACCAAACCCCAAUGUUACACUGUAUUUAAUGAAAGUUGUCUCAGAAUCAAACCUUAAAAUGGAUCAAAUUCAUCAGUGUUGUAUUUUACAUUUUUAAUAUCUUAUGUGUACACUUUCUAUAUAAAGCAAAUAUAUUGAGGUUGGUGAAUAUUCCUGAAUUCGUCUGACCCUAGAGUAGACCCUUGCUUCAUCAUGAAACCCCAAACAACAAAUUUAAUCACAAGUUAUUUAUCAAGUAAAUUGGUUUCUGUUUCCGUCAAAUUCAAUCUGAGGAUGAAGUGAGAUUCCGUUGUUUCUUAAUUUACAUUACAUAUUUUCAUGAUUAAAAACACAAACUUUUCAAUAAAAACUGUUGAAUAAUAGGAGUAAUUACAGACUUGUAGUGCAGCUAACUGUUUUCCCAACUACCGGUACUGGUCUUAACCAAGCCAUAUAAAUAAAAUGCUUAAGCAUCUAUGCUUUGUAGCUUUUAGAUUUGACCAAAGUCAACUAUAUUAACGCUAUCAUUUCUUAGCCUUUGCACUCAUUUUGAAAACCUAUACUUUCUUACCAGUGACUUCAAAAAGGUGAAUGGUGCCAGAUCUAAAGCCUGUAAGCACAGACAACUUUUGCUUAUCAGAAAUAGCUUACCAACCAGAAUACUAACAAUUGCCAUUGCUGCAACUGGUACCCUAGUCAUUUCUUGCUUAGCCAAGAUAUUUGCUUAGCAGAGUCAUUUGCUUAACAGCUUUAUGAAAUUUAGCCCAGGUUUGGAAAAUAGCCUAUGUUCAACUAAAUGGUGGCAACCUUAGCACACUUCAAAGCUUCAAGUUGUAUGACUUGGGACAGACAAUUAUAAUGAUUAUAAUUAUAUACAUGUACAUGUACACAAUAAUACAUAGAGACACGCAUUGUCCUACUGAUUAAGUUCAUGUCUAGUAUAUUGUCAUAAUAAUUUCUUAUGUGUUCUGUACAAAAUAAAGACAUGUUUAGGAUUUAAUUUCUUCUUGUAACUAGCACCACGACGUUUAAUGGGUAAAUACAAUCUUCAAUAAUCCAGUUGAAGCUAGGCACUCUCUAGGAUUCCUAAUUGGCAAAGGAAAUUCACCAUUGAUAACUUAAUACAGUGUAAAUUUGGGUUCGGGCGUUGUAGUUUUCAGAGUAUAUAUUGUGAGUGCAAAUUGUAGCCAGCACGUCUAUAAAUUGAAAUCUAAAAACUUGUACAAACUCGUUAGUGAAUAUAGUCAUAUCUAGGCACCAUUUUCUACCAUCUGCAACAAUGUGAUAUCCUGCAUGGAAUGGCUGGCUUAUGGCUCAAGCCAUUGUAUUCACAGUGGACUGCUUUAAGUUCCAUGAACAAAUAUAACAAGAAGAUGCCAGCUAAGCAUUGCUAUAAAGCUUACAAAAUAUGGUUCACAAUUAUGAGCAUAUGUUUAUAAGCAUGUCUGGAGUUGAUAUCAACGAUUCUUUAAAAAAGGGAUUCAUGUGGUUUGGCAAACCGAGAAUAAUCAGAAGUAAAUUAUGUGCACAAAACCAACAAGGGUGCCUUUGGAUAUAAAGUACACAAUUGGAAAAUGACAUUAAACUGGUUGCGUACAUGGCAAAAAUGGGUACAUUGUAACUGGUCCCCAUAAUGUUCCCCUUGUCAUUUAAAAAAUCUUAAUGACCAGGCUUCAUUGUCAUGGUUCUGGUUACUGCAGAGAUCUAUCUGCGCUUAUGGCUCAUUGAGUCGUGAUUCUGCAGUAGAUUCUGCAGUAUUCUGUAAUAUUCUACAGUGUUGCGCAGUAAACAAAGCUAUGACACUGGUACCCGAUGUCAAGCCUAGAUGUAUACACAAUUUCUUGGCUCAUUGUACAUAACUACAAUAUUAUAUAGUACUAACAAAUAAAAACAGUCGAUUGCAAGAAUGUACAUUUGUUUAUCUUCAUUAAAUUUCCUAAAUUGUGUGCAAAAAACAAAAACACCUACAAAAAAACAAAAGUGCCGGUGUGGCGGUUUCAGUCUUCCGCCUUGUUCAUUUUUCCGUGACUCAGUACGGCACUAACAAUUGACUACUUUCGCUUGCCGUGCGCAGGCGUCGCAUGACGUAAUGUUACCGUAUUUGGUCAUUCGGAAAACUGAACACGGCGGAAAGUUGAAACCGCCACACCGGGUUAGGGAAUGCAAAAUACAACUUCAUUAUACAUGUACUGUUUCUGCCACAACUAACAAACAUUUCAUUUUUUAAGAAAAGUAAUGGUAACUAAAAGAAUGUGUGUACCCCCAAAUCUAUCCACACAACUUGGAGCCAACUUUUAAGGACACAAAUACAUGUACUGGAAAUUAUUCUCACUUUGACCUUAACAAUUUUUUUUCUUCACUUUUCUGCAGAUUUCACUACUGCUACCCUCCUAUUUUAACUUAACUUGUAGGCCUUUAUUUAUUGAGAAAUUAAUUUACCUUACUCACUAGUAGAAAACAAAGUGAUUUUGUUUUAAAAAAACAAAGUCAAACUGGCCACUGUGGAGAUUCUGUUUACAGAUUACAUCCAAAGGAGGAGUGUUGAAAUUGCAGACUGUAUGUAUUUCUUACCCAUGUUAUGCCCCAAAAUGAGUACAGUUAAGCCUGCUCUAAGUUGCACUUAAAAGGCCUGUCCCAACUAUAGAUGGGUCCCAACUAUAGUUGGGACAUUCAUCAAUGAACCAUUCUGCAUUCAUGAUUGGUUAGCUGUUUGUAAACUGGCACAUUACACUUGGGAUUAGGAAAGUCUUAAUCAAUUACUUUUAAAAUGGUGAUUAUUUGAAUUCACAUAUUUACAUCACAACAAUUUGGAAGAUUCCAAUACAGAGCAUCAUGAAGAGUUUUCCCACCGAGAUCCUUUUUCAAAUAAAGGCAGGCAAACCGUGCACUUAUAAUCUGUGGAUUUCUCAAAUAUAUGUUGAACCUUUGCUUCCAAACCUUUGAUAUUGUACACUAAAAAAAAAGUCAUUUGGAGGACUAACAUAAAACAAAUUUACUCGAUGACAUACCCAAUUUAUAAGAUCAGCUUCAUUUCACAAAGGAGACCUUGAUUUUGCAAAUUCAGUCAACAGACGUGAAUUGCUAACCGAUAUGUACACAUAGCUAAGGCUCUAAUAGACCUUAAUUAAAAGUAUUAUAAUCAGGCCAGGUUUGCCGUAGCACAAUGUGUAAAUCUCUUUGGGGUAGUGUUGGUUCUGAAAAGAACCUGUGGUUGGAAACUCAACGUUUUGAUCAGUAUGCUCACAUCAUCGUCAGGAGAAAGUAAAUAUACUCUAAAAAAAAAUUAAGUUUCACAUUCUACUUGAAGAAUUGUGAUUUUUUUCCCAAGGAAAACAAAAUCAGGAAACAGACUUCGGUAGGAAGAAUAUCUUGCCUGGUCAACAAGAAUGUUUGUGUUUGACAAGCUGAGACAAUCUAGUGAGUGACUCUUCAUGGUGCGCGGUGUUGUGCAUCGUCUACAUUGGUUUAAAAAGUCAACCGAGAAAAUUACACUAGUUUUCAAAAUAUAUAACAUUAAUACUGUGAUUGAGUUGUGUGUACAAUGGUUUAAAACAAAAGGCACCCAUCCUCAACAUCUCAUCCUAUUUACAUACCAAAGUGAAGCGGUUUGUGCAGCACUGUUCUCUAGGGCAAAUGCUCUAAAAAAAUCUCUAAAAAUUUACAUCUCAAAGAACUCAUCUGGUGAAAAAAACCUAAAGUAGUUUGAAAUGAGCGUAUAGAAGCAACAGUUAUGAUAUAUUUCAUACAUAUUAUCAAACCAAGCGACUUGCGCUAUCUACCAACUAUUCAUCAAGCCAAAGGCACUCUUUAUAUUAUUUCAACUCCUGAGGAGUAUGCAGCACCAUUAGCCAAGUUGGCACACCCGUAGGUAAUCAAUCUCAACCCUCAUGGGUAACCGUUUACUCUCCUAGGUAACGACUCCUGAGGAGUAUGCAGCACCAUUAGCCAAGUUGGCACACCCGUAGGUAAUCAUUCUCAACCCUCAUGGGUAACCGUUUACUCUCCUGGGUAACGAACAGAUAUUAAGAUGAAGGGUCCUGCUCAAGGAAACGAGUGAAUUCAAAACAUUUACGCUGAUGAUAUAGCCAUCACGCUAAGCACAAGUUAUGAAGUAACCUACCAAGACAGAUUUGUCUCAGUGCUUAACAGGCUGAAGACAAACAACAGUGACGAUUGGCCAAGGAAGUUAUUUUCAUUUUAAAAUAAUGACUUCUUGAUUUUAUAUUUGAGUAUAUUUGUACAACUGGUGAUUAUUACUAAAAACGCUAGUUAAUCAUUCUUGGUACAGACCCAUCACAAGCAGAAAAGACUGGCCAGGGUAAAGUUAGUCUCGACACUAAGCAAACACCAAACACCAUAAUACACUCGGUGUUAUUUCAGUGUUUGAAGCAGAUCUCAGAAAUAUAAACAACACAACAUUUAGAAUAAAAAACAUUUCUAAUUAAAUAAUCAAACACGACUUCAUAAUGCUCUCAGACUAAACUAUCAACAAUAAACUUUUACGGGGGAAAAAAAAAAAGUGAAUUUACACACAAAUAAAAUAAUGUACAAAAUUAACACUACUGCUUUAAAACAAAUUAUAUUGUAUUAUCUUAAGCUUUUAGAUGCUGUUAAGCCUUGGGUCUUCAAGAAAUACAGCAAGUUAUGAAAGCACACUUCCAUAAAACUGCUUUUUUACUUUCAAAGAUCGCACACAUUUGGUAUCAGAAUUUUGUUUCCUUUUGUUGAUUUGUUUUGUCACUCAUUAUUUAUCUGAUAUUGUUUAUCUUUUGUUGAGAAGAAGAUUAGGGUAACAACCAGUACCUCCCAGAUUUUGGAAGUAGUGUUUCACUUUUUACCUUGGAAGUUUCACAAUAAAAAUCUUUGAGAGGAAAUAAAAAUUGAUUUAAAAAAGAAAUCAUUG